CUUCUUUCUCAGGGGCAGCCUUAAUGAAACGAACAUAACAUGUCUGACAAAACCAGAUACAGAUUUCUGAAGGAGUGACCCUUGAUCAUGGUAGUUUAGCCAUGCAUCGUUGGGUUUUCAUGAUGUUUGGACACAUGAUAAAGGCAUUACUGUUGAUUAUUAUUAAAGUUUGCUCUACAAAAACCUGCAGUAAAUCUAUGGGAUUAUGAAAUGACAGCGGUGCGGGCUCGUGCGUAAACGCAGCUCCCUCCCAGAGUCAGACGCGCUGUGGUUUUGACUUUAAUCAGACUCGAGACUCGUUGGGCACAUCCUGUCCACGGCGGGGUUUAGUUUCUACCGUGGACAUCCUUUUGUGUUGGAUCGACCGGAUCAGCGUGGUUACGCGAGCUAGACCUCCAGCAGCGCAGGAUGAAGGUAACCUUUGGCGCUCUGGUCACCGCAGCGGGUGUCUGCGGUCUUCUGAGCUUCGCCUUUUUGGCGACUUCCCUCGGAACCGAUUAUUGGUACAUCAUAGAGAUAAACCAUGCGAACAUGAGCGACUUUAAGAACAUGAGUUCCCACUCGGGACUGUGGAGCAUCAACGAAGGCGGAAAGAUGCACGCAUACUCCAUUGACCCCUUCACCGUUAACUACUCCAGACUCUCUGACUCUGAGCGGCGAAUGCUGAACAUGCACGGUGCCGUAGUGGUGAUGCUUCCACUCAGCCUGGUCCUGCUCCUGUUCGGGGGAAUCUGUGGACUGGUCAGCUCCCUGGCCAGAAGCCCUGUCCUCCUCACCUCCACAGCCUCCUACUUCUUCAUCAGUAGUCUGCUGACCCUUUGUGGUGCAAGCCUCUACAUCAUAUACUCGUACCAGGCCCUGGCUGAGACCGAGAGGCUGGUGGGACAGCAGAGUUUGGCCAACAUUCACACCUCCUUCGGCUGGUCUCUGCAUCUAGCCUGGCUCUCCUUCAGCCUGGAGAUAACCAUCGGAGCACUUCUCCUCACAGCGGCGCAAAUGGCCAAGCUGCAGCACAGAGUUCCCAGCACUGCCUGACAGCAUCAGACCACAGCGGGUCACUAGUGGUUUGUGAGACCUCAGUGGAUUGAGUCCGGUCUUUUGUUUCUGACAUAAAACGUGAGCACACAGCAGCUUGAUGAAUGUUGGAGAGCGGUGUUAUAAAGGUGUUUUGUAAAUGUAACAUUUUUAAUUAUCAUCAGAGUGCAUCUGUUUGUAAUAAUGUGUUGUUCACCCCUCAUCUUUGUUUUGCUUCCAAGCUGAGACUUUUAAGUGAUCCUGGUCAGUAUUUCUCCCAAAGUUCUGUAUACGGAUUUUGGGCUUUGGUUGCCCUUUCCUUUGUUUUCUGUCCAUUACCCGAUCAUUCACUCUUACUUUUGAAUAAUUCAAACAUACAAAGUUCAUUAAUCGAAGCAAGGAAUCAGUGAUCACAUGACAUUGUGAAGAUUGUAACACAUAACCCUGGCUUUCCGCCGGAUGUGUAAUGUAUUGAAAUCUGCUUGUCUUUUAUUUUGAAAGUUGCUGAAUGCUGUACACUGGUCCUGUGUUUGACUUGCUGUUUGACCCGAUCUGACCUGCUGAGUUUGAUGGCUCGACCGCUGAACUGUGGCUUAAAUUUCAAAAGCAAAAGGCCAAGACGAUGAUUAGUUUAGGCAAGCAUUUGCUCUAAAAGGGAAACAUGAACACUGUAGAAAUAAUACAGGCACAUCUAGAAUUGCUUGAAUAACUUGAAAAUGUUCUCACUUUACUCAAUUUAGAAAGUGAAACUCAUGUUUUACACAAAUACAUUACAUGUAGUCAAAUAUUUGACGUUUUUAUUUUUGUAACGUUGUUGACGAUUCUGGUUACAGAUAAUAAAACCCAAACUCUCAGACCAUUAGAACAUACAUAAGAUCAAUGAGGACUACAAAUGGGAAAUAGCCGAUGGCUAAAUCUGGCACAUUUACACUAAGUAACUGUACUGUACAGAGUAUAGGGUACCGGGUCAUGUGACAGAGGGUAUUAGGUCCCUAUAUGACCGGUGCCAGAGCUUGGUCCGCAUUGCCGGCAGGAAGUCAAGCUCAUGACAGUUGGACUUCGCCAACGCUGCACUUUUUGUCACAGAUUCUGUUCAUAACGCCCCCUCUGGUGGUGCAGAUGCAGUUUGAAACUGAUGCACUUUCAUCUCUGAUGAACAAACCCGAUCAUUUACAUUUUUUAUCUGUAAAAGCACAUUUUUUUGCAAUACCACGAAUAAACAAGUCUUUGUUUUAAUUAGCUAGAUAAAUUUAGUCUGAGCUGUAUUUGUUGUUUGUUGAUGUGUAAAGAAGACAAAGUGGUGUGUUGUCAUGUACCAAGCAUAAUGCAUUUAGCAUUUUUGUAAUAUAAAAAUAGACGCCAUAACAUUUUGUCUCAAGCAGCAACUCAGUUUUUGUAAGUUUCAUAGUUUGCUGUUUGUGCAUUUUUACCGAACAAAUCUUACAAAAAUUGUAUUCCUUUUGCUACCUUUGUGAGUUUAUAAUCAAGUGUUUUCUUUGUUUUAAAUUCCAACAUCUCCACAAGGUUAAAAACAAAAUCAUUAAAGAGACAAUGUGUA